GUCAGCAUGGCGGCCACCAACCUAGAGAACCAGCUGCACAGUGCGCAGAAGAACCUGCUAUUCCUGCAGAGGGAGCACGCCAGCACACUGCAAGGGCUGCAUGCUGAGGUCCGCCGGCUGCAGCAGCACUGCACAGAUUUAACAUAUGAGCUGACUGUCAAAAGUUCAGAUCUGACAGGCGAUGGAACUUCUAGGAGCAGUGAGCUGAAGAAAAGGUGUGAGCAGCUGGAGGCUCAGCUGAGCUCCCAGGACCAGGAGAAGAGCGAGUUGCUGCAGGAGCUAGAACAGAAGAAGGCCAUGAUCUCGGUGCUGGAGAACACGGUCAAGGAGCGCGAGAAGAAAUACCUGGAGGAGCUCAAGGUCAAGAGCCACAAGCUGAACAUGCUGUCCAACGAGCUGGAGCAGCGGGCUGGCACCAUCGCCUACCUGACGGCGCAGCUGCACGCCACCAAGAAGAAGCUGCUGAGCGUCAGUGGGGCGGCAGAGGCCAGCCCAUCGGGCAGCCCAUCUGCCCAGAGGUCCGUGCUGGCCAGCUACAAGCCGGCCCCGCCUAAGGACAAGCUGCCCGAGACGCCGCGCCGGCGCAUGAAGAAGAGCCUCUCGGCCCCCCUGCACCCCGAGUUUGAGGAGGUCUACAGAUUCGGAGCCGAGAGCCGCAGACUGCUGUUGCGUGAGCCUGUGGAUGCGAUGCCCGACCCCACCCCGUUCCUGCUGGCCCGGGAGUCGGCCGAGGUCCACCUGGUUAAGGAGCGACCCCUUGUCAUUCCCCCAAUUGCUUCUGACCGAGGCGGCAGCGGCGCCAGUGAGCAGCCCAGCGUGGUGCGAGACAAGAAGGCGCACGUGGGGGUUGCCCACCGCAUCCAGCACGUGGCCCCACCCCCACAGCCCGAGGUGGAGACACUGGCGGUGGACCAGGUGAACAGCGGCGACAAGGUGGUGCGUAAGCACUCAGGAACGGACAGAACUGUGUGA